CCCUCCCCGGUCCAUCUCCGGUUCCAUGGCGCAUGUUCGUGACGUUUGGUCCAAGCUGGAUGUGUGGCUUGCAUGAUAUUGGUGGAUCUCUUGAGACAACCGUUGAUCGUUUUCCAACUGUCAAGGAUUAUGGAUCUAAUGAUGAAAUUCCAUCUGAAACAUCUGUCUGUGGAGUUCCAACCAGUUUGGUGUCUAGUGGACCUGCGUGUUGGUGGCAACUCAAAUCCGUCCAAGAGACAAUGGACAGCACCGGACCAGGCGAGCAAUGCCCUGAUUACUAGAUGACGAUGUCGUACUGUGGCCGCAGUUCAUUCAUUCUUGCGUGAUGUGACUACCAUGCGCAUGUUCGCUGUCAUCAUUCCAGCCAUGGUGCGAAUUGGCCUCGGAAAUUGUCGAGGCCGCUGCUCAAUCCAGGCUGGCUCCAAAUUGGUUCGCAGCUUUCUGCUCUUGCAUCAUAUCGACCGCUCCGUCGGUUGGUACUCCUCACAUCCGCCUUCCAUAGACUUCAAGGUUACGAGCUCCCGUAUGUUGCACAAAAACGCGAGGAGGGAGGAUGAUACAAAGAAUUCGAGACGCAAAACACGAAAAAAACCUACCUGCCUGAUGCGAUGAUGACGGCGUCCACGUCCUUCCAUCGUCUUCCCUUCGACCUUGCAACGUUGAAGAAUAUGAAUCCCGGCGAGUGUGAAACGUGUCCGCAUAUGGCACUUGUGCGACUGU